UUCGCCGCUAUUCUCGCACGUUCGAGAGAGAGAGCGAAGCGGCGAGCGCUCUGCCAGGCGGCGGCUCAGCGCCCAUUUCGCCGGCAUCCAUGGCGGCUCGGCGGCUCCGCUCGCCGGAGUAGCGUGCAGCGGAGAGAUCCCGCGCGCUACUCCAACGAGCGUGGCUACCCGUGCUGCGCGCGUGGCAUCAGGCAGCGGUGCGACGGCGAGAGGGGAGGCGACGGAGACGCGCGGGGCAUGGAGACCGAACGGCGCACAUCUUCCCGCGCAUCAUCUCCGACGGGAGUCAACGGCGGUGCUGCUUCGGCGCCUUCGCACGGCAAGGCCGUGCGAACCCCGGAGGGUAGGAGGGCGACGACGCGGCCAUUAGGUGAGGCCCUGACCUCAAGCAUUUUGCGGAUUUUUCUUUUCCUUUGGAGUUUCUUGAAACAUACAUAUUCCCCUCCUAAUUGCUUUCCGAUCCAAAACUCACGUGAUUAAUAGCUAACAGACCUUGAAUAGAUCUUGAGCUAUAAACAUUAAGAAUUGAAAAAGCCCAUAUCUACUAAAACUUUUACCACAUGAACUUUGAGUCUUGGCAUACGACCGAAAUCAGAUCUUAACUUCAGACCAGAAUCAGUUAAUUACUAGGUCGUGACUAUUAUCACAUAACAACAUAAUCGUCACCUUAACGUAACAACUUCAGAUCUUAAAGAUGAAUAAUUAGUACCAAACCAUGAGCAAUUAGACCCUGACAUCAGUGACUAACAGUAAAACAGGGUCUAAUUGGGGUUCUAACCGAGAUUAACCUUGCUCUAGAUACCAAUGUUAGAGUAACUCUUUAGGAUUAACAUGAUAUGAUCUUAAUCUCAUGAUUAGAACACCAAAAUACAUAUGCGGAAGAUUAGGUACUAACCAGAAUCAUUGUAAAACUACCAGUAGUCCAUGGCUGCACCUUGGGUCCUCCAUGGCCGGGAAAGGACAGCACCAGGAUUACGUGAUGAGCAGCAGCGCCGCCAGCACUGAGGGGGCUCCCCCGUGAGCCUCCUGCAGUGUGGAGCUUGUUGGGGAAGAAGCAGCAGCAGGGAGAUGGACGUGCAGGGUGCCGCCGGCACUGCCCUGGAGGUGGCCGGCGGUGGUAGACGGUCUUCGUCUCCGUUAGCACCUCAUCAGGAUCAGUAGUUAGCGAGAGACCUGGCCUUACCGUGCAGAUCGUUAGAUCACACGGGAGGGGUCCUUUUUCCUUAUAUAUUUUUUAGGUGCUAGGGAGGCGGGACCGAGACCAAAACAGUUGGUUUGGUGCCCCCGAUCAGGGCACGUACGUGGGAGUUGAGCUCCCCCCUUUUUCUCUCGGUUUGUUUUGACCGAGAUCAAUUCCAACAUCCUGGGCAUGUACGUUUUACUCCAUGAUGGAACUAUCUCCCUCCUAAUAUGUCCUGGGUAUCUAUAUAUGCUAUACUCCAUACCGGGCUUUGUUUUACAUUAUUGUUUUGCUAUUCCAGCGUACAUGUAGGAGUACAGUUUUUGGGUGGAUACCGGCGCGGAGAAGGCUCUUUCCAUUUUGCAAAUUCACCACCUGGUAAGAAUAAGGUUAGGAGAAACAAGUGAUCUCUUCGUAGGGAUGGCCUGCAAAGACGUCAACUUAUUGCCGAACAGGUACCGGUUCUUCACUAUGGAUGAUCAUCCUUGACUUUUAUGAUUAAUCCUAAUAAUGGUUUUACGAUUUACAUCCUUUUGGGUGCUAAUAAUCUAAGAUGCAAUAAGGAAGCUUUGUUUUCGUGUGUUAUGGACAACCUUCACCCACAUCCCACCUAUAUCAUUGUAGUUGUCAUUUAGGUUGUACGAAGUGAACUCCACAAUGCCGUUCGGAGAGCCACCUCUCCUUCCUCAACCGUUGCUCUAUGUGCUGCCGUCAACGUGGUAAUAAAAAUCCUCUCCUACAAAGGGAAGGAGGAAUAUUGUCAUCACAUCUUGCCAUAUCCGGUCUGCCCUGUACACCCUCCCCUCUCAUCCAGUCCUCGAUAAGCAUUCCAUCUCCGAUGAUGUACCGUGACCCAGGUCCUCGACCCAGCCAAUCCCUGAUUCUUGGCAACAAGAAGUGUUUAAUCUGUAAGAAAGCACGGGGGUUGUGAAAAAGCGAGUAGAAGUAUGAGGGAAGCCAUAUUGACCAGAUCAAGGGAUAAACAUAUCUGGCGACAUUAGUUUUUAAAGUUUUAAACAUUUCCUUGUACGUGCACAAUGACAAGUGUGCGAUGACAUGGCCGGCGCAUUACCGUAGGAUUGGGCACACUUCAAUUUGUUGUGAUCAGGUGGAGACCAUACCAUCUAUGAGAGGGGAAGAAGGAUAAGUGGUGACACAGCCGACGCCGUGUUCAAAUAGAGGAUGUGGACCUGUUGAGAGUCUUGAGCCAUGAGUCUCCAGUUAAAAGAAAAAGAGUCGUUGUUGUGGCAGAUCAUAAUUUAGCCGGUCGGACGAAUAGGAGGAGUUCGAUCGUAAUUCAUCCGGCAAGUAAAGAAACCAGCCGGUAAAAGCAGCCCAGGAGCCUGACAUCGGUCGUCUCUACGCAUCGGGCUGAUCGUACAAGCGCGCUCAUGGACAACGCCGGGCUGCUCGCCGCCUGCCUCGCCACUAGUCCUGGCCAUGGGCCGCCCGGCCCGAACAGCCCGGCCCGAAAAAGCCCGGCCCGACCCUGCUCCCGGGCCGGGCCUGGGCCUAGGUUUUGAGCCCGAAGACUAGGUCGGGCCGGGCCUGGGCCCGCUGUUUAUGCCAUUUACUGAAGAGGCCCGGCCCGAGGCCCGAGGCCCGACGUGUUUUUUGCUGUGAUGGGUCGGGCUCGGGCCUGAAAACUAGGCCCGACGGCCGGGCCGGGCUGGGCUUGGGCCUGAGUUUUCUACCUUGGGCUUGGUCAGGCCCGGCCCGAAGCCCGGCCCGGCCCGGCCCGGAGGAUGGCCAGGUCUACUCGCCACCGUCGUGGCCUACCUGCUCGCUGGACAUCGAUUGGUGGGUGCCUCCGACGCCCGCUGGCGCCACCUUCUCAUCGUUCCCAUUGGCCGAAGAGCCAAACACGUGGCGCUCGCCGUCGCGUUGUGCCUUCACGCGGCGGUCCUUCUCUCGUCCUUCACCACCAGCAGGGACCUCGCGGUGCACCUCCACAACACGGAGGCGAAGCUCGCGCGCAUGGAGCAAAUUAUCCGUAAGCGUCGAGCCAGAAAUUAAUCAUUAUUCUAUGUUAAAUCCAUCAAUUGUAUAUCCAAAUUAUUGCAUAUUACGCCAACAUAUAUACAAUUAAUUAACGCAGCAAGGUGCAAUAGCUGUUUUUUGAAGAUCGUCAUCUUACUAAAUUUGUGAUCGGUUGCCUGUACUUAGAGAACCAAGAAAAACACCACAUCGAGAUGAUGAACAACAUAGCAAGUAUGUUGUCCAAUACUUCCGAUGAAAUAAAGCUGAUGACCAACAAAGUCACCAAAGCCGACGGCACGCCAAAUUCUGAAUUCAACAUCGCAGCGGAAGAUGAUCUCCAGCCAUCGCAAGGUGUAACCAUGGAUCACGAGUUUCCCAGCAUUUGUGAUGACCCGGAGCCGGAGGAUGCACCGAUACCUGAUCAGCGAGACGAAUCAGCGGAACCACACAAGCCAUGGAGGUUCAUCCCGGUGCCCGAAGGCCACGUCUUUGUGCCGGAAUGCGUCGGCGAUGAGCUCAUAGUGCACAUCCGGCCGUCCUCGCAAAGUGGCUCCGAGCACGGCGCCACCGUUGACGCCGACCAACAGCUCCCCUUCACCUGCGGACAUCCGGAGGCGGGAACGCCGUCCUUUUACGACGGCGGUCCUUACCGCGCGCUGUUCUGGUCGCUGCCCGAGCUUGACGACCAAGGCCCAAAAAACGUCUUGCCGUUACCAUGGUCGCGGUUGGAGAUGUGGGGCAGGCUGACGGCGGCGGCGCUGGAUGGGACUUGGGCCGUAAACCCCCCGAUUAUACACGAACAUGCGUUACCUGAGUCCGUGACGCUCUCCACCGACGUGGUGAUGUUCUACCGGCCGGACCCGGAGGCUGGGGGAACGAAUGUGAUGAUUGCUGCAACCGAGGAUGUGGAGCAUGUGUAUAGCAUGGAGGAACAUGGUACCCCGGCGGUGGCCGCUCUCACGCCGCACUCUAUUCUUCCCACGUAUUCUGGUCUUCCCUAGGAGAUGCAUCUUUUGUCUCAACCAUUUAUGACCAAUAGGAGCUAUAUAUAUACUUGGUGCCGUUUGAUGUUUUUGAAAAAAAACUCAUCGAACUUGAAAAAGGUUCAUCGAAAUUGAAAAAGUUCAUCAACUAUUUUAAAAAAACUUUUAUUUUAGAAAAGUUCAUGAAUUUAAGAAAAUAAACAGGAAGCAAAAAUGAAAAGAAAAAAAAGGAACACAUAGGGCAUUUCCUAUAUGUAUAGAAAUAUAAUAAAGGAAGUCGCUAUACCCAAGCGCCGUGAUGGUGUAGUGGUUAGCGCAAAUAACUUGCAGCGAGGAGGUCGUGGGUUUCAUCCCUGACGCGGUGACGCCCCCACUGCCGGGAGCUCCUAGGUGGCGCUUCAGGCGCCAGCUAAGGGAGCUGGCGCUCACAGCCGCCAAAUCGUGGGCCGGCCCAUGUGGCGACCACGGCUAAACUUGCCUCGCCUGGUCGCUCGCUGGAUCGAGAGCCUCUAGGGCUGUUCGUACG